UUUUUCAAUUGUGUGUGUUCAAAGGGUUUGCGUGUGUAAACGAAAUUUGGAUCUCGGUACACAAAAUAAGGGCGCGUCGCCACUGAUCUGUACCGUCGAAAGCUAUUUCGCAUCGUGCGAUAGCAUUACUAUUGCCCGGUUGUUUUAUAUUUCGUUCGCAUAUUACUGUCUAUUGAAUGGUUGCAAAAGUUAAUCUCCCCAAAAGACACAGCAGAACGUUCGAAGAGGAAACUUUCUUCAGUUGAUUCGGUCUUAGAUUUCAAGGUCCGCGGCUCUUACCAUCUCAACCAUGUUCAGGCAAAAGUUUCUUGGUUUCACGGGAGUGGUGAUGAUCGCCUAUGGGAUCAUUCUCGCACUCCAAGGGAACGGGGCAGCGUUGAGGUUCAAUCAUGCCGCCGCAGCAGUCCCGCUCUGGUGCGGUCUCCUGUACGUCAUGAUCGGCUGUGCAAACUUGACACAAGUUUUUGAGAAGAAAAAGAGAAGCCGCGAUGACAUCAUGCCGUUCUCAUUCACGGUCAUCCUCUGUAACUUCUUGGGCCUGAUCGUCGCCGCCAUCUGCAUCGGGUUCGUUACGUGGGGAGCGUGGUCAUCGAUCACGGUGACCGGCGCAUUGUCCGUAGCCCAGCAGGAGAACGUCGAGCUCUACACUGCCAUCAUCCUGGCCAAUAUAUUCAUCCUCUUCCUCGCUCUCAUCGCCAUGUUUGUCGACUGCUGCGCAGGUUCUAUUUUCGGCCCAAGUGCACCCUCUGAGAGACCACAACAGAUGUAUUACGAUUACCCUCCAAGGCAAAUACCAGCUAUCUACAAAGCUUGAUACGGUUUUUCUUCCAGGAAAUGAACUCCGCUCCUCGAUAUCACUGGCCCAGAGAUACAGAAGAAAAGGAACCACAACAUAAAAACAUUCUUGGUAGUCUAAUUUAUCCUGGUAGUUAUAUAUCA